GAUUUCCAAUAAACCGUCAGACUCUCAGUGGUCUCGAUAGAGAGUUGAGACUGGGUCUUUAAAAGGGUUUCCCCGUCAUGGUUGUGUUAUAGACAGUGCCUAUAAUGAGGAAUCACUGGUGUGGUAUCUUGCUCCUUCUUGGAUGCGUUGUUCAUUGUUCGGCCCAGCACGAUGCGUCAGACUUCUACGUGUUCAAUGACUGCUCUGCAACAUCCACAGAAGGUCCCGAAUUUGUUGCUCAGCGUGCGAUCCAACCAGGCACAGGUUACUGGAGCAGCGCUGGUGGCCUCCCGGACGAUGAACAAGUAACGUGGACGGGGUAUCUGGCGACCCCCGGAAAGAUCAAAGGAGUCCGCGUCCGCUGGCAAUAUGCUCCAGGGGAAGUCCAAGUUGCCAUUUCUUCGAACGGUGUCGACUACCAUGUUGCCUUGCCGUGGAGACCUGCAGGAAGCUCUGAAGCUGCGUACGACGAGGACAUUUUGUUCGGUCAUGAUGAAGAAGCAAAAGUUGUCGUCAUUGGCAUGCGCAAGCAAAUUCACGGCUUCUAUGGCAUAAACGAGGCGAAGCCGUUGGGAUCCGGCGAGCCAUUGAUGAUGAUCAUUGGAGGCAUAACAAGUCCAGCUGGAGAAAUGUGUCUGCAAGUCGAAGCGGGCAAAUUCAGUUCGGAAGGCUCUUCCGUGGUUAUCGAUUCUUGCACUUCCGCUUUGGCUGCGGGCGAUGGAAGGGAGCUCUGGUACAGCACUCCUCAGAUGCAGCUCGUGAGUGCUCGGAGCACCCCUCCAAAGUGCAUGACCCUACAAGACGGUAGUACAGAAGACGGAGGGAAUAUUGUUUUGACAGACUGCCUCCGAGCACUUGAAGAGGGCGACGGGCGUUCGUCAUGGACGUUCGAAGGCAAUUCGCAGCUACGCUUGCAGAGAGCGGGUGCCUGGUGUAUGACACAGAAGGAUGUCAACGGCAGUUCGCCCGGUGUCGGUGAUUUAAUCAGGAGCGGAGAGGCGACAGCCAGUAGCUCCAGCAGUUCCGAUGCAGCUCAUGGGGCGAAUGCAGCGAUCGAUAAAGACUCGGACUCAUCCUGGCGCUCCGAUCCGGUUGGGGAAGCAGAACAGACUGUUGUUUUGACAGUGAAUUUGGGAAAGGCCAGCAAUGUGGUCAGCGUGCGUAUCCAGUGGGAGUAUCCGGCGCUGUCAUACGAGAUCUACACCAGCCCCGACGGAAAAUCAUACGUCCAACAGGCAGUGAACCCUGCCAAUCCGGUAGUGGACACACUCGAUGAGUUACAUGCAGGUGCUGCGCAGUUCAUUCAAAUUCGUAUGCUCAAGCCACACCCUCGCCUGGGAAAGGCUGACGACAGUUUUUUCUAUGGUAUCUACGAAGUGCACGUCUACGCCAACCGCCUCGGGUCGGCUGUCUCUCCGUGCACCCAAGCAGCUAAUUCGGAUGAUGCGAGGGACAAAUACUUCGUUGAAUACGUUACGAGCUUCAACCCCGUUUUGGCUGACAAAAUCACGUCAAUGGAGGAAGAUGUACUCCUUCGUCAGAAGGGCUUAAACACCAAAGCUAAGGAUCUCGAAGCACUGCUGCCUGAAAUGGAAGGAUGCCGAAACGACAAGAUCCAGUUCGUUGAGAGGAUGAAACGAGCGUCUAGGAGAGCUGGCAAAAUUUUCGGACAGUUCCAGUCCGCUACUGGCGCUGAUAUGCAUCGGCAUAACGCCCGCAUCAACAACGAGCUGGCGUCAGGCGACUCUCCUGCAAAACCAGCGGACGAUUGCUAUUCGAUAAAGACUAGGGAAUCGUCAGCUGUUUCUGGUUUCUACUGGAUCAUGCCUCAGUGUAGUCCUGCACCACUCAGAGUGUACUGCGAUAUGACAACUGGCACCUCAAUCUAUGUCUGGAACGGCCACCCCCCCCGAAAGCCGGGUGUCACGUUGGAUGAUGUUGUUUCGCUCAACGAUGUCAGAAAUGCCUGCGCCAGAGUUGGCUUGGAACCGAUGGUUCCGAAAAGUCCCCAGCAUUUCCAGAGCAUUCUAAGCGCACUCCAUCAGAUGGGUUUCAAUCUUAAUGGCAAGGGAGCUGUUCCCUUAGCAUUUGACUACAGCUGUCUUUAUGGAGCUUGCACAGGAGAAUACAGAGACCUAAGUGAUGGAGCUACUGACCUAACGUCGUUAGUUUUGUCCCAGUCGGCUCCGGAUUCGUCUCCAGUAAAAAUGGAUGCUGCGGGGCUUGGGCUUAACGGGGAGAGGACAUCUUUCUUCGACCUUUCUUCUGCUCCCCUUGUAGCUGUCAUCUGUUCAACGAACACGAUCGAAGGCGAAGGCUCAGCGCCCGAUAUCGAUAUUGAUUGCGACACUACUGCCGAAGGGCAUGAGGCCUUUGAAGGAAUUAUAAACACUAACGUUGUAGUCGAAUGUCCGGCGGACUGUGCAGACGACACCAGCUUGCCCGUAUACGGAUCGGACGGCGUUUACUCUGCAUCGAGCUCCAUUUGCCGGGCGGCCAUUCACGCUGGCCUUAUCAAGACUGGAGGAGUUGUGAACGUCUCCAUUGAAUCUCCCCGCGCGUCAUACGAGGGCUCGGUCCAGAACGGAAUCGUGUCAUCUGCCCUCGAAAUAUCGCCGGAUUCAAGGGCACUAGGAAGUAUUCGUCUUAGUACCAUCUUCAAGGACUGCCCUGUUGUUGCGCAUGAAGAAGAACCGCCGCACCACGCUGCUACUUCAUUCUUGGAAACCGCAACAGAAGCCGGUGGCUCAACUAUGCAGUUUAAUGCAGACAUGACUCUCGACGCAGACAUUCAAGAAGCACUACAACAGACGAUUCAUAUGAUCGAUCUAAUGCAUAAUGUGGAUCCCGAAAUCUUCGCAGAGGCGAAGGAGGAGGCUGGAAUUGUUGUUGGAGCCUCACGAAAACAGCUGAAACCCGCAGAAAAGCUCCAUCAUGCGCAGAGCGCUCAGGUGCUCGAAAUUUUUGUUGGCACGGAGAGUCUUGCUGCUCGUUGGCUUGCAGAAGCUGGCAACAUGUUCCAAACGCUGGAUCAGCUCAACCAGAAGUUACGGAUCGCGGAGCAACGACAUUUGGAACAAACGGGAUUUGAGUCUUUCAAGCUUUAUCCUCAGUCGAUGGCAUUCAAGGAUUACUUUGAGACUUUCGACAGCAUGCGGGCAAAACAUGGACCGAGCAAUUGGGGUUACGCCUCCGCGCCGAUCCAGGGGAGAAGAGCAUCCAUCGGACAGUCCAGAAACAUCGUCGGCACCUCAGAGACAGAAGGGACGUAUGCGAUGCUGCGUGGUCGCCGUUUUUAUGACGCAGAAAUCCAAGUUUCCUUCUAUGCAGUGGGAUCCGGUAGCGUGGGGAUCGCCUUCAAAAUCAGGGAUUUCAACAACAUGUACCUGCUGUGGAUGAAUCAGAAACAGGCAGUGAAACGACUGCUCCGUAUUGAAGAUGGGCAGCCCACCAUCGUCGCUGAACGUAAAGACGGCGGAUACAUCCAGGGAAAAUGGUUUAAUGUGCGAAUCGAAACGAACAAGGGCGUCAUCCGCGUUUGUAUCGGAGAAGAAGGAUCAGCGGUAAUCGAGGUGUUUAGCGUUCUCGACGAGCGUUUUAUGGUUGGUUCUGUGGGUUUCUUUUCGUCCGGGAUGGAGGCGGGUGUUUUCUUUGAAGGACUGAAUAUCGAUGCCAAAGACUGCACAACUCCUUCAAAGGCAAUUGCGCCAGCACCACCAAGGUGUUCAACGUUUGCCGAGACCUUCUACGGGAACCCCAAUUCAAUCUACCGUAAAAUUGAUGCCUCCGACGCCGCUGGAGCCGAAGGCUCGUGGGUUUACAAGGCCAACGUUGGUGGCAGAAACAAGGUCUUGGCCCAGGUUAAUGCUGUCAGGGGCCCUUCCGAAAUAGGAACAAGUGCAGUUAUCAAGGGAAACAGAACAUGCAAGAACGGUUACUUCGUGUUCGAAUUCUUCCCCCAGUGCACAGGAGGCAUAGUCGGAGGCAUCUUCCGUUUCACCUCCCCGCAGGAAUACCAAGUUGCUGAGCUGGCACCAUAUGAGCUAAGGAUCAGAGCCAUUUCUAACGGACACCCGAAAACAGUUGCCCGCACACCGGUGUCGAUGAGUUUGAACGAGUGGCACCGAAUGGAGAUAAACUUUGAGGGGUCGACGGUGUCCGUGCGGCUUGAAGGCCCUGGAGGCGGUGUUAAAAACCUCUCAGCUGAUGACUUAUUCGGCGGCCAGACACGAGACGGGAUGGUCGGCUUUUCCGCCUACAACUGUGGGGGGGUCGCCUUCGAUUCCAUACAACUCUCGCCGUACAAGAUGGAGUCGAUUGCUCCUACAGAGAGCAUUUUCACGGUUAUUUCUGCGACGAAGGCAUGGCAACCGUGCCUGACAAACGUACAUAUUCUCCACCGGCGGGAUGAGUGCCAGCGGAUGUUCGUAAAGGAACCCUCAUUUCGCCAAAUUGCCUGCGCGCAAGACUUUUGCUCGGAGUGCUGCAACUACAACACUAGCUUGCUCCCAAGAUCUGAGUGGGCACAAUGCGAAAAGAAAUGCCGCCGAAACGAUCCGCUGGCUUCGCUUCUUGCAAGCGGGAUGAUAACGAGGCUUAGUACUUGCCUUAAGGAGCUUGAUGACGCUGCUGCUCAUUGCAAAAAGGGAAACAUGGCCUGUCAGAAAGAAGCGUGCGAGUUGUGCUGCAUAAGCUGGUCUCCUGCUGGAAGUCUCGAUCAGAUUGGCGCUGAUCUCCAGGACGCAACUGAGCGAGAACAAGAGGAGUGUAAAUUUCAGUGUGCGAAACACUUCGUCCCACGGGAAAACCUGGAACUGUGAAGACAUCAAUAACUUAAGAGAACCCGACCAGAUAAUGGGUUAGUUGGUGGCGUUGAUGUAAAAUGACGGACUGAUAAGGCACUGCAUGCACCGCUAUAUGCACAUCGAAAUAGGUAGUGUUGGGAACCGAGAGUGGCACGGUGUGCUAAGGAAGGUACGAGUGCAGCAUGUCUGUAUCCCACAGUGGGGCUUGGGCAGAACGUUUUUCUUUGAUUUGUCCCUUGAACUUUCCAGGAUAUUGCGAAAGAAUUCACUUUUCUCAGUCAUAAUUACACGGUUCUUCGUGGUCGUCCUCACGGCGGCUGCCGUCAAUCAGUGGAAGUGCACCUGCUGCCCGCCCCGGGGACAGAGUACAUGCAGUCACAUUACGUGGAUAUUUUUCACAUCCGUUCACGCUUCUCCGACCUCGCGCAAGGAACUCAGUUUAUUGGAAUCGUGCCUCAGUUGUC